CACAACAGAGAAUCCAUCAUUGACGGUUUUUUUAAAGCUAUUCCUCCAACAACAUGCAUCAUGAGACAGGAGGAUGGUUAUUGCACCAAUGAGCAAGCAUGCAUUUUGCCAGCUGCAAAGGCACCAUGCAGUUCUUGUGCGGGCACAAAUAUACUCAUAUCGCCAGGGAAACCAGUGAUUUUAAUUACCAUCAAUGGGCGUUAUGACUUGCAUCUGCCCCUAUAUUUGUGUGGAACAUGCCAGAGACAGUGGACUCCUGAAUUGAAGGAUCUGAUUAGGAGUGGAUACUGGCCGGCCUCCCUUAAUGUGUGUACUUUAUACACAUUGGACCUUUUGAGUUCCUUCCAGGAACUGAAGGUCAUUUCACCUGGUUUUGCCAGACAGGCCUUUGCAAAGUUGCUGGAGCACCGUACAAAGUGUGGAGGAAGAUCUGGACAGAUCAAUGGAGAUGCACUGCAGCGAAGUUUCUUGGAGUUUUCAUACUCUUCUUAUGAAGAAAAUAAACUCUGCCGUAGUGCUGAAUUUACCUGUCCAGCAUGCACUCCAGAAAUGUUGGCUGUUUCGGCAGAUGGAAACCGGAAGCUGUACCGCUUUGGACAAAAUGGAAGCACUGACGACACUGCCUUUUUUGAGGGGCUCUUUGUGGCAAAAGACAGUGAAGUGUCCACAUUUACUGAGACCAUCCAAAAAGCAGUGAAAAAUACACAUGGAAAAGGAAAAUGUGGGGACUCCCAUUGGACAGCAGCACGGGAGACUUCAAGGAGGGCUUCCAAACUGGAUGAAGAGGGGAUGGAGGUGGCUGUAUCUCGCCAUGGCUUCCUAUUGAAAGCGCUCAAUAUGUACAGAGGGGAGAUAUUUGCGUACCCCCUCUUUCUGCAAAAAGAGUUGAUGCUGGUCAAGCCUCAAUUUUUUGCAAUGGACGUGGCUUGCAAAUAUUGGCCCUACCUAGAAAAGGCUGCCAGUGUCAUUCCUGACCUCCAGGAGCUGACAAAAAUGAAGCCCUUCCUCAGUGUUAUGCACGCCAGAGCACAUACGACAAAGUGUGAGAUCAAAUGGAGUGGUAGGAAUCUCGAAGGAGCAGGAAUAACAGCUGGUGAGGAGGUCGAACAAGUCAACAGCUACCUGUCUCGUUGUGCCCUGACAACAAAAUAUAUGUCAAAAGCAGCACGUGUGGACAUGCUUACACUGCAUGCAUUGGGGUGGAACAACAAAAAAAGGGCCUCUCUCCACAAAACACUUUCCACCAGAUAUGUUAAGACAUGUCAAAGACUUGUGGACGAGACUGCAAGGCUAGCUGAGCUGAAAACCGAGCUAGAUUGUGCAGAUGAAGUGGUUCCCCAGUGGAUCACAGAGGUGAUUCAAUGGGCAGCUGGUGAGACACCAAACACAUCUGAAGACAGCACACAGAUUGAACUUCAGCAAUCCAUUGUGGGACUCUACCUUGGUGUCAGACAACGAAAGCAAACCCUCUACCGUCAGAAUGACAGCAGCAAGCUUCGCCACCGUCUUCGUAGGAAGCUGGGGGAGGACAAAAAACGUCUUUUUCAGCAGAUACAGAGCUAUAAUGCUCUAGUGCCAGACUCUGCUAUUGAUGUGGCUGUUGUGGAGGAUUCAUUUACUGGAGAUGUGACUGUGUCUCCUGUGUGGCCGUGGGAGGUUCAUGGCAGUGCAAACAUCACAGUCAAGAAGAGACUGUACGACCAGACGAUGCUAACAAUGCGACUACAAGAGGAGAAGAGCAUUGUAGUUUUGGAGAUGGCGCAGCAUUGCACAUGGUUGCAGAGGCAGGCAGAGGACAUUCAAAACAAGUUGGCCGAGAAUGAACAGGUCAACGAAGGAAUUUCCUGUCUCUUAAGAAGACAACUGUCCGAAGUGUCCGAGCAGCUGCAAGUGGUCUUCCUUGAAUACAAGACUGCUUUAGGUCCGGAGGCCUCUGUUCACCUACAAAUUGAAGAGGAGGAUCAUAGUGCCCUCAGCAGUCCAGACAGCAGUGAAGACGAAGAGGAUAUUACAAUUUAGGUCAUGUGCUCAUUUAUGCACUGUAUCUCUCAUUCAUCCAGGUCAUGUUAUGUCCAAGGGUUUAAAUUGAGAAAAACUGAACUCAAGAACUUUUUGUUGAAGACAUUGCGCCACUUCACCAAGUGCCUUCUUCAGUUCCUCCCUUUGUACUGUAUGCUAUUUUUUGUACAUGUUCCUGUAACUUUCCAGAAGGAUAAUUUAUCUAUUCUACUCUGUGUUCAUGAAAACUUGUUUAUUCUAGACAUAAUUUUCUCUUAACAAUUUUUUUUUUCUCAGAUUACUGUAUGAUAGACUGUGACUGUGCAAAGAUGUGGACUUGUAUUAUUAUGUAUUAUAUAAGAUUUAACUUACCCAUUUACACAAUGCUUGAACAUUACUUAUGAUAUGAUAUGAUAGAUGUAUAUACAUAUAUACUAACCUUAGGUGCACUGUUAAGAAACAUGGCCUCGUUGGACAAGUAUGCAUUUGCAAUAAUAUACCAUCAUAAUCAUCUCAAUAGUCAAAUACUGCAACAAAUAAAGAUAUUU